GAUUUCUACGGCGACAGAGCCAACACUUGACAACCAACAAAGAACACAACAAGCAUUUCGACAUAGAUCGCGCGCGAGCCCGACCCCUCGGGCUUUGAUCAACACACCCCAAAAUGGCACGACAACGCGACGCCGGCGGAAAGAUCAAGCUCAAGCAGCCUGACCGGUCCGGACCAUCCGAAAAGACGUUGCUGGACAUGGCCCAGGAGCGCAACCUGUUCAAAGAGGCCGAGAUGAGGCAAAGAGCCAACGAUGCGAAGAAGAAGGGUCUGCCGCCGCCCUCGGAGCCCGACGACGACGAUGACGGAGAGCUCUCCCCCACCGCCGACCGCAUCAUGGAGGUCAUGAUGUGGACCGUCAGCCUAUGCAUGCUGCACGUCACGCUCGAUGUGCUGGUCCAGAACCAGUACGCUGUCGAGCUGUCCUGGUCCAAGAUCGCCGCCCGCGCCGGCCAGGGCUUUCUCGUCUUCGGUUUCCUCGUCUACGUCCUCCACUCGCACGCCGCGAAUCCCGCCCCGUUCCCCCUCAUCCCGCAGCGCUUCCAGUCCGGCCUUCGCCAGGCCGUCUUCCUCGCCGCAGGCACCGCGGCGGGCUGCUAUCUCAUCCACAUCACAAACGAGCACGGCUACCUCGCCGUCAUGAAGCAGGCGCCGUCUAUAGGCUGCCUGUGGGUGUGGGCCAUUCUCGAACUGAACCUGUCGCUGUCUGUUCUGAGUCUCGGUGCUUGCUAUACGUUCCUUUGGCAGGGCGGAUACAGUCUCAAGUAAAGCUAUAUGACACGAUCAACCAGCUCCGCUCCAUAAACGAAUAUCCCGGCCUUUUUGGCUGAUCCGCCUAUUCAUCUCGAUCUUGACCUUCUAGUCGGGGAGCCGCGAAACGUCCGAGGCAGCCUGCGGGUGGAUAGGGGGUCGUCUGGAUCUGCCGCUUCGCUGCUAGAAGACGACGCUCGAUGACCGGACAAGGGCGAAGUUGGCUCGACCGGAGACAAAGGCGCUGACGGAGACGGAUCCGAGGCCAUGGGCACUUGGUCCACUCCGCCCACCCGGCGCUUAUGCAUGAUGCGAUACACCAAGUCCUCUAACCGCCGGAUUUCGCCUUGCUGUGAAGUGAUCAUGUCCUCAAGUUUCUUGAAGCUUUCGGUGGCUUUGACCUCACGCCAGUUGGUCCGGCUCUCCAGCUCGCGAAUCCGUCUUUGGGGCGCAACAAGUCAACACUAGGCAACAUUAUUUUGACUGCCGGUCGGUAGCACACGGGAUCUGGGACGACUCACGAUGCGACCAUGCUCAUCUGCGUGAAAAGCACUCUGGCGGUCAGGGCGUCCCUCUGCCUCACUAGCUCCAGGGCUUUGGUGCGGACCGAGAGCCAAGCCGUGGCGACGCUGAUCUUGGUCCAGUUCCAGGUCCAUCUUUUGGGCACAAACGUCCACCCAUCUCUGGGAUUCACGUGCGCUCCCCGUCCUUUUUCGUCGCCGGCGUCGCUGGUGUCGUCGUCCGCCGUCGCUCUCUCCUCCGUCUCCUUGACGAGCUCGAGCAGGCGCUGCUCGAGCCUGACGAGGUCCUCCAUGACGAAGGUGUACAUCUGGAACUCGGCGGUGAUGCUGUAGCGCCUCCCGCGGCCCGGCCCGUCGAGAUCCGCCGCGGCGCGCACCAGGUCCGUCAGCCAGGUCGACUCGGUCUUGUACCACGAGAGCGACGCCUUGACGCGGAAGUACUCGGCGUCGCUAUUGCGCAGAUAUGUGACGCGCACGUAGGCGGCCGCCAGGAUGGCCACGACGAAGGUCAAGAUGCCCGCCACGUUGGCCGCGAUGGACAGCGGCGAGUCGUUAUCUUCGUUGGCUACCAUGACGAAUUUUUAUGAGGGCUGGAUUUUUUUUUCAGACGGAUUACAGUGUUUCUACCCGGUCUGUCUCCUCAACAAUCUUAUGCAUUUCAAGACAGCGUCAUCUGCUCUAGUGCCGGGAUGGCUUUGUGGGGGGCUGGUCUUGUGGAGAGGCUGGGGGGAUGCUUCGAGGUGAUUGGCCCAUGCUACCAGUACAUGCCUCUGAAUCCAGGGAUCAAAUUACUAGUGCGAGAGGGCGGCCUAGAAGACAUAGGGACGAAGAAAAAGGAUAGAAAAUAGAAAUAAGAAUUGGAGGCUCGAGUCGAUCAUGCAUUCGAGUCCGGCCUUCUUAACGAUGGAGACAUGAACGUGGUUAUCAGCGAAACCUGUACGACUAGGCGAUACUCGGUUCCCGUUAGAAGGGCAGGGAAUGAUGAAUUGCUUUAACCGGCG